AUGCAGUCGGCUGCAGUUUUGGUUGAAACGAUGUUUUUUCUAGAGUUUCAGCAACUGAAUCCCAUUCCAAACGUAUUCUCCUUUGCAAUCGGACAUCUACUAGCCUGGAAUUCGCCUGUACUUACACAAUUUAAGUCAAAUGAUACAGAUGUCAAUCCAAUAGGAAGACCCAUAACGGAGCUGGAGGUUUCAAUUGGCGCUUCUAUCAUUCCUAUAGGGUCCACAAUCGGUACACUACUCGUUGGAAAACCAGCAGAUAUAUAUGGAAGAAAAAGAAUUCUAAAUUAUCUUGCAGCUGGAGGAGCAGCUUCUUUUGCAGCUAUUUCAUUUGCAAGCAGUAUUUAUGUUUAUUUUAUAUUUUUAACAACUGCAAGCAUUUGUAUUUCAGCUGGUUUUGUAAUAGUACCGGUAUAUGUAAUAGAAAUGGCUGAAGAUAAAAAUAGGGGAAAAUUAGGUUGUUAUUCGUCAGUUAUCAUAACUGUAGGAGAGCUGUACGUUUAUGCUUUAGGAACAGUUACUAACUUAUUAAAAUUGUCAUUACUCUGCGGUUUGCCGUUUUUAUUAUUUAUAACAAUCACUGCAUUUUUACCGGAAUCUCCAAUAUUUUUAUCUUCAAAAGGAAAUAAAACAGAAGCUUUAGUAGCAUUAAGAAAACUGAGAAAGAAUAAAAGCAUGAGUGAAAUCAACAAAGAAUGUAAGGAGAAGGAAAAAAUGCUAGAUAGUACAUCUAAAGAAGAAAUUAAAGACAUCGGAGUACUUUUCAAAACACGUUCUGCGAGGAAAGCUUUGUUAUUAUCUGUAGGUAUCAGACUUACUCAGCAACUAUCUGGAUUCUUCGUUGUAUCGUCGUUUCUUGCUCCUUUGUUCACAGAAACUGGUAUUAGUUUAUCUGCGGAUGUUUUAACUAUCAUAGUAUCAUCCGUGAAUAUUCUUGUUGCUAUUCUAGCUCUGAAUAUAAUCGAAAAAACAGGUCGACGAUUUCUACUACUAACGGCAAUUUUUGUAGAUGGACUUUCAAUGCUUGUUUUGGGACUGUAUUUUGUGUUUAAAGAAAAUAACUUUGUAAUUCCAGAUGGCGUAAAAGUAAUACCAAUUAUUGCAAUAUUAACUUUUCUUUGGAUGUUCACAUUAGGAUUAAGCAACGUUCCGUUUAUAGUAAUAAGUGAGUUACUUCCUAACGAAGCAAGAACUGUUGGUAGCAGUUUAGUUUUGGUAACUGGAAAUAUAGCCAUGUUUUUAAUUAUUCUUAUCAAAGGAGACGAAAAUACCCUCAUUUCAGAAAAUAAUCUCACCUAG